CGCGCGGCGGUGACGGAGUCGCGGGAACCACCCCGUGGCGCGCGCGCUUAGCACUGCUCGGCCAUGGGAGAGCGGUGGAAAACGCUGGAAAUUUCUGGAAAGACCGUUUCGCUGUUCGGGGCUUUCGGGCGACAUGGAGCCAAGUGCCUCCCUCCAGCACUACAGAGCUGCCAUGGUGCUGAGUGGUGCAGGGGAUGCCCUUGGUUACAGAAACCAGCUGUGGGAGUACAACGAGUCGGGACCUGCAAUCCAUCAGGAGCUGCAGGAACUUGGUGGAAUUGAGAACAUCUGCACUGAGCUUCCAGACUGGCCGGUGAGUGAUGACACCGUCCUGCACCUUGCCACAGCCGAGGCCCUUGCCACAGGAAAGGAGGGCGAAGACCUCCUACAUGAAGUGACGUUUCGUUAUGUAGAAGGAAUGAAGGAUAUGGAGGGUAGAAAGCCAGGCCCUUCGAGCAUCUGGGGAGUGUCUCACCUGAGGCCAGGUUCUGAAGGGGGCUACAGGGUGCCCUACAACCCGGAGGGGACAGGCUGUGGAGCUGCCAUGAGGUCCAUGUGCAUUGGACUGAGGUACCCGUGGCCGGAACAGCUGGCCACCUUGGUGAGCGUUGCUGUGGAAACAGGCAGGAUGACCCACCCUCAUCCCACAGGCUUCCUGGGUGCCGUGGCAGCCGCCCUGUUCACAUCAUACGCUGUCCAGCGCAGGCCACUGCUGACCUGGGGACUGGGGCUGCUGAAGGAGGCCUGUCCAGUUGCUCGCAACUACAUCAGAUCCCAAAACUAUGCCGUAGAAGAGACCGAGAGAGACUGGGGAUAUUUCCCCGAAAAGUGGGAAUGGUACCUGGCGGAGAGAGGUCUGUCCACAGGUGAGGGCCCAGUGCAGUGGCCACACCCAUACAGCCCGGCUGAGAGGGACGCGGCCUAUAAGACCUUCAGCCUGGCCGGGUGGGCAGGCCGCAGCGGGCACGACGCUCCGAUGAUCGCCCUGGAUUCCCUGCUAGGGGCAGGGUCUGACUGGGCCGAGCUGAUGAGCCGCGCAGCUUUCCAUGGAGGUGACAGUGACAGCACGGCUGUGAUCGCGUGCUGCUGCUGGGGUCUGCUCUAUGGUACCAGGGGGGUCCCUGAGUGCAACUACUCAAAUCUGGAAUACAGGGACAGGCUGGAGCACUGCGCUGACAAACUGUACACACUGUCUCACUGAGAGCAAAAGGGGCAGAGUGCCUACUAUAAUUCACUCACAAAAUUUACAGCUGAACUAAUGUAUCAGUAACCAUCAAUAAAUUAAUUUCAGCAAAGUGAAA